AUGGCAGAGGCGGAAAGCAGCAGCGCGAACGUCGUCGUCAACAAGAACAAGAGACAUAGGAAGGACAAGCCAUGGGAUACGGACGAUAUCGACCAUUGGAAAGUCGACCCCUUCCAGCCGGAGGAUAACAAGGGCGGGACCUUCACCGAAGAAUCCUCAUUCGCCACCCUCUUCCCAAAGUACCGUGAAAAGUACCUCCGCGAAGUCUGGAGCGCCGUCACCAAGGCCCUCGAGCCGCACGGCAUCGCAUGCACGCUCGACCUCGUGCACGGCUCCAUGUCCGUGCGCACGACGCGCAAGACGUACGACCCGUACAUCAUCCUCAAAGCGCGCGACAUGAUCAAGCUGCUCGCGCGCGGCGUGAACGUCGCGCAGGCCGCGCGCAUUCUCGAGGACACCGUCGCGUGCGACAUCAUCAAGAUCGGCAGCCUCGUGCGCAACAAGGAGCGCUUCGUCAAGCGGCGCCAGCGCAUCAUCGGGCCCGACGGGAGUACGCUCAAGGCGAUUGAACUACUGACACAAUGUUACGUCCUGGUGCAAGGGAGCACAGUGAGCGUCAUGGGCCCCUACAAGGGGCUCAAAGAGGUCCGGCGCAUCGUGCUCGACUGCAUGAAGAACAUCCACCCCAUCUACCGCAUCAAGGAGCUCAUGAUCAAGCGCGAGCUCGCCAAAGACCCAAAGCUCGCGACCGAGUCAUGGGACAGGUUCCUCCCGCAGUUCCGCAAGCGCCACCUCAAGACGAGCGAGAAGACCGCGCGCAAGCACGCACAGACCGAGGCGAAGCGCGAGGCGCUCAAGGCGGCGGGGCUCGGCGAGGAGGAGAUCAAGGAGCGGGAGAAGGAGAAGAGGAAGGAGAAGAAGAAGGUGUACACGCCAUUCCCGCCGCCGCAGCAGCCGCGGAAGGUCGAUAUCGAGCUGGAGACGGGUGAGUACUUCCUCAAGGCACACGAGAAGGACGCGCGGGAGAAGGCGAAGAAGAAGCAAAAGCAAGAAGAAGUUACCGAGCAGCGAAGAGCAGAGCGCGCCGAGGCCUUCAAGGCGCCCGUGGAGGAGGCAGCGCCCACCGUCGAGGAGAAGCGGAAACGGAAGCAUAAGGAGGUCAUGGAGGAGGCGCCGGGGGAGGACUCGGGCAAGUCCAAGAAGAAGAAAAAGAAGAGUAAGGUGAAGGACGAGGCAGUGUGA